AUGAAAACCUUUGUUCCUAUUUCUCUCUGGUUGUUUGGUUCUCUUGGUUCUCCUAGUUCUCCUGGUUCUCCUGGUUUCCCGGAUCUCCUAUUCCCUUGUUAUCUAGGGUCUCCUGGUUCUCCUGAUUCUCCCGGUUUUCCUAGUUCUCCUGAUUUCCUGAAUCUCCUGGUUCUCCUGAAUCUCCUGGUUCCCCUGUUACUCCUGGUUCUCCUAGGUCUCCUGGUUCUCCUGAAUGCCCUCGUUUUCUUGGUUCUUCUAGUUCUCCUGGUUCCCUUUGUGUUCUAUGUUCUCCUGGUUCCCCUGGCUAACUUUUUUCUCUUGUUUAUCUCUGUUGUCUUAGUUCUUAUGGUUCUCCAGGUUCUCCUGUUUUUCCUGGAUCUUCCUGUUCUUCUGCUUCUAUUGGUACUCCUAGUUGUCCUGGUUAUCCCUAUUCUCCUGGUUCUCCUGGUUCUCCUGAUUCUUCUGGUUGUCCCUGAUCUUCUAGUUCUCUUGUUUCUCCUGGUUCUCCUGAUUCUUCAAGUUUUACUGGUUCCCCUGGUUAUUCUGGUAUGCCUGGUUCCAUUGCAGUUGCCUUGGUUCCCUGGUUCCCCUGAUUCCACUGAUUCCCCUGGUUCUCCUAGCUCUUCUGGUUCAUCUGGUUAUCCCUGUUAUCCUAGUUCUUAUGGUUCUCCUGUUCUCUUGGUUCUACUGCUUUUCCUGGUUAUCCCUGUUCUCCUGGUUCUCCUGGUUCACCUGGUUCUCUUGGCUCUCCUGGUUCUCCUGGUUCCCCUGGUUAUCCUGUUUAUCUCUGUUCUCUUAGUUCUUAUGGCUCUCCUAGAUCUCUUGGUUCUCCUGGUUCUCCACGCUUUCAUGGUUUUCCUAGUAUUUCCUGUUCGUCUUGUUCUCCUGGUUCUCUUGGUUUUCUUGGUUUACCUGGUUCUCUCAUUUCUCUUGGUUCACCUGGUUCUCUUAAUUCUCCUGGUAUUCCUGUUUAUCCCUGUUCUACUGGUUCUUCUGGUUUUCCUGGUUCUCAUGGUUUCCUGGUUCUUCUGGUUCUCCUGA